GAAUUUCACAUGACGUGUUUCCGCUUCGGACUUCAGCGUGCAUAAAGCUAAGUUAGCAAAACAUACAUCAAUUGUUUUAAUUAUGUUGUGUCUUGCUUUGGAAAAAAAUAAAGCCACGCAUUAAUAUUUUACAUGGCUACGAAGGGAUGUACACACCCAUUAAGUGCCCUUACCCGGAACCCUUGAGCUACAACUCAAGCUAACGGCUCAUUUGUAGCUGCAGUUAGCCGAGUUGCUAACUCACACAGCUCGCUACUUCAACAACAACAACAACGUUGUUUGAACGUUUUGAAAAGCGGCACCAUGGCCAAUCUAGAACAGUGGGUGAAUGACCGUCUCCAUGACAUCCUUGGGCUGAGUGACAGAUAUGUGUCUCAGUUCAUGAUCGGCACUGCACGGAAAGCCUCGAGUCCUCAAGACUUUGUGACUCGUCUCGAGCAGACAGGCACGAUUGACAUCGAGCCGAGUGUGGUUGCCUUCGCGGAAGAGCUGUUUGACAAGAUUCCUCGCAAGCAAGUUGUUGAGAAACCGUCCCGUGCGAUGGAACGGGAAGCCAUUGAAAUGGACAGAAGGAAUCGGACGUACACGCUCCUGGAGGACAGCGACAGUGCUGGAGACGAUGUGAUGGAGAAGCAGAAAGGGAAAAAGAAAAGCAAGGACAAAGACAGAGGAAGCAAAAGGAAGCACAUCAGAAAGAAGAAAGAGAGUGAGUCGUCGAGUGAGGACGAAGCCCCAAAAAGGGGCAAUUCAAGCCAAGGGGACUCCAAGUCUCUGAAGAAAGAAGAGGAAGAGGAAGAGUGGGAGAAGGAAGAGAGGGAGCGACAGCAGGACAUUGAGGAGAGAGAUGCGUUUGCUGAGCGAGUGAAGCAGAAAGACAAAGAAAAGACCCGCAACAUAACAGAGAGGACUGACAAAAAGGCUUAUGAGGAAGCUCAGAAGAGGCUGAAAAUGGCUGACGACGGUCAGAAAUCAAUGUUGCCCGAGUUAAGAAAACGCUCUCGCUGGGAGUAUUUGAAGAAGAGAGAGGCAGAGAAGCUGGAGGACCUGGAGGCAGAGAUCAAGGAUGAUGAGUACCUUUUCCAUACAGAGGAGCUGACUGAGAGGGAGCAAAAGGAAUUGGAAUACAAACGCACCCUUCGGGACCUGGCUCAAGAUUACAAAAAGGCCGGUGCAAAGGAACAGGAGGAGAGGAAGAACAGAUACUAUAUGCCCGAAGAGAAUAGAAGCAAGGAGGUGCCGCAAAGGGACUUGGAGUUGGAGGAGAGUCCCAUGGAGCUGGGAGGAGAGCAAGGUCGCUGGGAGGAGGAGAGGCUGAAGACGGCCUCGCUCAGCUUCGGGGCCAAGAGGGAGCGAGAGCAAGGGAUGAGGCAGGAGCAGGAGAGGUACCAGCUGAUCCUGGAGGAGGAGGAGAUGAUUGACUUUGUCAGCACUGCCAUAACCAUGAAGGGAACUCGGGCAGAAAAGGAUCAGGAAGCCGUGGCUCUGUCCCAGGCGCAGAUGAAGAAACAGUCCAUGCAGGAGGUCCGACGCAGCCUGCCCAUCUUUCCCUACAGAGAGGACCUGCUAGCUGCCAUCCACGAGCACCAGAUCCUGGUCAUUGAGGGGGAGACGGGCUCCGGAAAGACCACCCAGAUCCCACAGUACCUGCUGGAAGAUGGUUACACAAACGGAGGCAUGAAGAUCGGAUGUACGCAGCCUCGCAGAGUGGCGGCCAUGUCAGUGGCAGCCAGAGUGGCACAGGAAAUGAGCGUCAAGCUCGGAAAUGAGGUGGGUUACAGUAUCCGUUUCGAGGACUGCACGUCAGAGAGAACGGUGCUCAAAUACAUGACGGACGGCAUGCUGCUCCGAGAGUUUCUCACCGAGCCCGACCUGGCCAGCUACAGUGUGAUCAUCAUAGACGAAGCCCACGAGAGAACGCUCCACACAGACAUCCUGUUUGGUCUGAUUAAGGACAUCGCCAGGUUCAGGUCAGACCUGAAGGUGCUGGUGGCCAGCGCCACGCUGGACACGGAGCGCUUCUCCUGCUUCUUUGACGACGCUCCGGUCUUCAGGAUCCCUGGCAGGAGGUUCCCCGUUGAUAUCUUCUACACUAAGGCUCCAGAGGCAGACUACCUGGAAGCUUGUGUGGUGUCGGUGCUACAGAUUCACGUCACCCAGUCUCCUGGAGACAUUCUGGUCUUCCUCACUGGACAGGAGGAGAUCGAAGCGUGUUGCGAGCUGCUCCAGGAGAGAUGCAGGCGGCUUGGGUCAAAGAUAGCCGAGCUGCUCGUCCUCCCCAUCUACGCCAACCUGCCAUCAGACAUGCAGGCGAAGAUCUUUAACCCUACUCCACCUGGAGCCCGUAAGGUGGUGGUGGCUACAAAUAUAGCAGAAACCUCGCUCACCAUAGAUGGCAUCAUCUACGUCAUUGACCCGGGCUUCUGCAAACAGAAGAGUUACAACGCCCGCACCGGCAUGGAGUCACUCAUCGUUACCCCCUGCUCACGGGCUUCGGCCAACCAGAGAGCGGGCCGUGCAGGCAGAGUGGCUGCUGGGAAAUGUUUCAGGCUUUACACAGCCUGGGCCUUCAAACAUGAGAUGGAGGAAACGACUGUGCCCGAGAUUCAGAGGACCAACUUGGGAAAUGUAGUCCUGCUGCUGAAGAGUCUCGGCAUCAAUGACCUCAUUCACUUUGACUUCAUGGACCCGCCCCCUCAUGAGACUCUGGUCUUGGCGCUGGAGCAGCUCUACGCCCUGGGAGCACUCAACCACCUGGGAGAGCUGACCAAGCUUGGUCGCAGGAUGGCUGAGCUCCCGGUGGACCCCAUGCUGAGCAAGAUGAUCCUGGCCUCCGAGCAGUACAAGUGUUCAGAGGAAGUGUUGACGAUAGCAGCCAUGCUGUCAGUGAACAACUCUAUUUUCUACCGGCCCAAAGACAAGGUGGUGCACGCCGACAACGCCAGGAUGAACUUUGUGGUGCCGGGUGGAGACCACCUGGUGCUGCUCAACGUCUACACACAGUGGCUGGAGAGCGAUUACUCCACUCAGUGGUGCUACGAGAACUUCAUCCAGUUCCGCUCCAUGAGACGAGCCCGGGACGUGAGGGAGCAGCUGGAGGGUCUGAUGGAUCGUAUCGAGGUGGAGGUCGUCAGCUCGCAGGGAGACAGUUUGCCCAUUCGCAAGGCGGUGACGGCAGGAUAUUUCUAUCACACGGCGCGACUGAGCAAAGGCGGCUACAAGACGGUGAAACACCAGCAGACUGUUUACGUCCACCCCAACAGCUCGCUGUUCGAGGAGCAGCCCCGCUGGCUCAUCUACCACGAGCUGGUGUUCACCACAAAGGAGUUCAUGAGACAGGUGAUUGAGAUAGACAGCAGCUGGCUGCUUGAAGUGGCUCCGCACUACUACAAGAGCAAAGAGCUGGAGGACAGCAGCAGCAAGAAGAUGCCCCGCAAGCAGGGGAAAGCGAAAGAGGAGCUGGGCUGAGGAGAAGGCCGAGGCUCAGGGGACAGAUGGUGAAAAUAAAAAUAAUAAUGACACUCCCUUUACCUCUCAGGGCAGGGUAGAAGAAGAAAAAUUACUUUGAUUGUUUGAAAAUAAAGAGGACAAGUGCAGAGUGGAGAAACCUGUUCUGGUGAAAAGUGGGUCAGAAAUUCACUGACCGGUUUAAUGAUAAACCGGCCGCGUCAUCUGGGCCACAACAAGGAAACAUUAAUGCACUUGGAUUUGAGCUUCGUGCAUCAACAACAGCAGCACUGACUCGCUGGGUGGGUUUGUCAGCUCAUCAAACAUCAGGGCUGUCGCUCUGUUUUCCAGGUGCUUUUGAACACCCUCCAGACUCUCUGUUGACUUUGUGUAUUUUUUUGAAACCAGUGCACUGUUGAAGUUUGCAAAUUACUGAAGAGACUCACUGAAGCUGGAAGACUAAUUUCCUAAAAAUUAGUUUCACUCACGUGUGAGGCUCCUUAUCUUUUCAUUUUUCUACAGUAAUAAAGUUUUACAA